AUGGCCACUGGCUAUGAUUUCCAGAGCACUGGCAGAUCCUAUAAGAAAAGAACUCGCGAUCAAACAGCAAAAGGCAGGGAAUUCCAGAGGCAAUUGUAUGAAGAUGAAAGGUCUUCCACCCAGCGUGGCUGGCGUAGACAGAUAAAUAAUAUCGAAAACUGCCUUGCCGACUCAACUGAUCCAAGGAAGUUGCAAAGCAAGAGAAAUUUUCUGGAGUCUAAAAUGGAUAUCUUAGUCUCUGUGCAGGAACGAUUUCUAGAUGCCCUGGAAGAUUCAGAAGCAAAGCGCGUUGCAGAAGAUAAAUUUGAAAUGUAG